UUUCUAUUAGCCGUACUCACAGUAAAAUACAGUAAUUGGCAAUAUUUUCAAUCUUUAAGCUAAUGAUUGAUUUUACAUAAAAAAACUGAGUAGAUCCGAAUUGUUUUUUUUUUCUGUUUGUCUUCUCGUUAAAAGUAAGCCUCUUUUUUAGCAUUCGAGCCGCUCAACGCCAUGUUUUCAGAGUCUCCAGCACACACACUCACUCUAUCUCUCUUCAUUUAAUUUGACUAUGUUCCACUCCCUCACAGCCUUACUAAAUUCCUAUAUAAAUAUGAGAGCCUCCCCCAUGACUUUCAUGCAGAAACUCCCCUUAAAACCCCUAAUUUUGUCUCAAAUAAAUAGUCAAAAUAUAAAUGGAAAACGAAGGGAGCGCAGGAACGGGAAGCAGUCCUCGUUGGAACCCAACGAAAGAACAGAUAACGUUGCUUGAGAAUCUUUACAAGCAGGGGAUACGAACACCGAGGGCCGAUCAGAUACAGCAGAUCACCGGUAGGCUUCGAGCACACGGCCAUAUCGAGGGUAAAAACGUCUUUUACUGGUUCCAAAACCAUAAGGCUAGACAACGCCAAAAGCAGAAACAGGAUCGCAUCGCUUCCUUUAAUCGUCUCCUCCACAAAACCUCCCGUUUCUUCCACCCUAUUCCUUGCUCAAACGUGGGCUGCGUUAAUCCGUACUAUUUACAUCAAGUAAGAGAUCAUCAUAAUCAACAUGGAAGUGUAUACAGACAAGAUCUUCACAGUAACAAAGUAAUGCUUCCAAGUGGUGGCUACGAGAAACGCACUACCACAGAUCAUAAGAAACAUGAUUCAGACAUAACAACAACAACAGCUAGAAUGUCAAUGUCUUCGAGUUCAUUCAGAUUUGACCGAUUUGCCCUUGGUAAUCACGGUUAUUUUAGCGAGGGCAUCAACGUCAAUACCAAUGGACUGAAGACGCUUCCGCUUUUUCCACUUCAGCCUCUGGAUGCUGCUAACUACUCUGGUGUUGGAAAUUCCAGUUUUUCGCUUCGUCAUGAUUCUCCGGUGACUUAUUGUGGCGAUGAUGGCGGACGAGGGCAGCCGUUUAUUGACUUCUUCUCUAGUGGUUCUAGUAGGUUCAAUAAUAGUGGAAACGGGUUGUAAGAUGCAAU